CGGGGGCGUCACCAGUGGCAGCCUGUUGCUUUCGAUCAAUACACCCCAGUCCGAUAUCCUGCCACCGAGUGCCUUCCUCAAUUUAUAACCUUCUCGUAUAAACGACUGCGAGUCACAGCAGCAGGAAAAUGGUCUAAGAGCUAGGCAGAGCCUCCGAGACCUCUCACCCGGACGAAGUUCCGGGAGAAAGCGCUGCAGGAAGGUCGUACAGUUUGGACUUCGGAUGCCACCACCUGUCAGGGUUGAGCCAUACGGACGAGGCAGUCUCCGGCGAGUGGGAGAUGUUGCUGUUCGAAUGCUGGAGAGAAGGCGACCUCUUCUUGAACGCGGGGGAACACCUAGUGACUGAUCUAUAAGUUCUUGUUAUGAGUGAGAGCCGUGUGUUGUGACAGAGGCAGAGCGUGGAGGGCAGGAGUGUUGGAAAUACAUGGAUGAACCAGCUGUGUCUAACACCUGCUGACAGAUGCAGCAGCCACAAGAACCUAACGUCGAAAAUGUAUCUCAAACGUCCAAUGAACUUCUGUGAUAAUUGAAAAAAAUUAACUUCCGGACGAAUUUAAUUUAGAAUAACAUGAAAAUGGCUCCAGGUACCAGAGCGGGUGGUGUCGAUGGGCGCCCUUCCCAGGCAGGCCGCUAGCCAGGCCGCUAGUGAGACGGGAUUCUAGUGAGGCAGGCCUAGGGGAGUCGUGACCAACAACACCCAAUUGGGAGCACAGGCGCGCCUGAUCCCGCACCCACUCCCACCACGCAAGCAUCCCCAACACCAGCCUCAUGUUUGACGGAACCCCCCCCAACGUCAUCACCCCUGACGCCAUGACGGAGGGGCGCAGGUACAGCAUGCUGGAGCAGGCGAUCGCCAUGGCGGGCGCGCUCAGCGACGAACCGGACUUCUCCACCUUUGAGAACAAGACGGGUCUAGCGGAGGACAUGAAGUUCCUGGCGUCCAUGCCGGAGCUGUGUGACGUGACCUUCCUGGUGGGGGACACGCGAGAGCCCGUCUGUGCUGUGAAGGCUGUGCUGGCCGCCCGCAGCAGGGUGUUCCACAAGCUGCUCUACAACUCAUACUCGCCCCAGAAGAAGAAGGAACCAAUGAGCCGGGAGAAGAAAAUCAAACUGUUUCUUAAGAGGUCUUCCGAACCCUUGAUGAACCUGCAGGGCCAGCAACAAGGCAGACAGGGACGCUCCGGCUACACUCACAAGCUGGACACCAUUCCUGAGCCACAAGGAAACGUCCACCAAACCCUUAUCGUGGAGGAAUUUGAGCCAGACGUCUUCAGACAGCUGAUUGAAUACAUCCACACUGGCUGCGUAACUCUGCAACCACGCACUCUCCUGGGGUUAAUGAACGCGGCGGACUACUAUGGCCUUGACGAGCUGCGUAAGGGUUGCUCAGGAUUCGUGCAAUGUUGCAUCAACGUGGACACUGUAUGUGCCCUAUUGGCGUCCGCUGAGCGCUAUAUUCAGUAUAAGUGCACCAAGUCCAUGGUGCAGAAGGUGCUGGAGUUCGUUGACGAACACGGGAACGAGGUGUUGAACCUGGGCUCCUUCACCCUCCUCCCCCAGCACGUCGUCAGACUCAUCAUGGCCAGGGAAGAGCUACGCGCAGACGAGUUCACCAAGUUCCAGGCUGGUCUGAUGUGGUCGAAGAAGCACUGCGACAAUCAACCCAAUACCGAUCUCAAGGAGGUGAUAGGGAACUUCCUCGAGUAUAUCCAGUUCUACAAAAUCCCCGCCAAUAUCCUCAUGAAGGAGAUCCAUCCACUAGGACUCGUUCCUUACCACAUUAUCAUGAAUGCUCUCGCUUACCAGUCGGAACCCCCUUGAAACAUGUGGCUAAUUCCUCUAAGUGGUGGGGGGUGGGCCUGCACUUCGGCUUACCCCACUUGUAGAUUGAAAGGUAGGGUAGGCUUGUACUGCGGCCUGCCUCACACGUAGGUUGAGGUGGGGGUGCAUCAGCACUUUGGCCUACCCCUACUCGUAGGCUGAGGAGAGGCUGGGAGGGCCUGCACUCAUCCUACUUCACUCUGGCCAACUUCAACACGGCCCCCCCCAUCUUACCUUCCGUGACCAGAGACUAAGUUCUCCACUUUCUCAUCUUGACUGAACACAGAAUCAAGUUACCACUGAUUGUAUAUGCAUUUAGAUGUAUAAUAUAUUCUUUGUAAAUUUAAGUCAUAUGGUGCACAUUAUUAAGGUACAAAUUUGUUGAAAAGAUUUCUAUUAUCUCAAGUGUCUUAAAUAAAUAAUUAUGAUAAAGAAUUAAAAAACAUAAGAAAUUGUAUUCAUGAUUUCAUUUUAUAUUGGACACGAUGUAGGCAAUUGUCAUAGGUUAGCGGGUCAUCUCAUAAGACUUCGUUCUGAAGCAACUGUUCUGAACGCUAUGUGUAUACUUAUGUUGUCUGUUUUAAUUAUUGAUGUUUAUAAUAAUAAUACAAAAAUUUAAUAUUUCCUUAUCAGGUUCCACUUGACUAACUUUAUACGUUAUUGUUUCACUUGAUUUAUUUGAGCUUAAAUUUACUCAUUUCGUCUACUCUACUCAUUCAUGUCUAACUUGACUCCUUCAUGCCUAAAUACACUCAUUCGUGUCUAACUUGAUUGACUCGUGUCUAGCUCGACUAAUUUGUGUCUAACUUGACCCAUUUAUGUCUAACUUUGCUCUUUCGUUUCUUAUUUCAAUCUUUUGUGUCUAAGUAGAUUCAUUUUCGUCUAAUUUAAUUAAGUUAUGUUUAACUUAUUUCAUUUGUGUGUAACUUGAUCCAUUUGUGUCUAACGUGAUUCAUUUGUGCCUAACUUGACUCAUUCGUGUUCAACUUGAUUCAUUUGUGUCUAACUUAAUCCAUUUGUGUCAAACUUUAUGAAUUUGUAUCUAACUUGAUUCACUUGUGACUGACUUGGUCCAAUUUUGUCUAAUUUGACUCAUUUAAGUCUAACUUGAUCCAUUUCUAUGUAACUUUAUUCAUCUGCGUCUAACUUCAUUCAUCUGUAUCUAACUAAAUUCAUUUAUAUUUAUCUUGAUCCAUUUGUGUCUAACUUGACACAUUUGUGUUUAACUUGACACAUAUGUGUCUAACAUGAUUCAUUUCUAACAUUUAAAGAUUUAUGAUGUUUAUAAAUAAUGAAUUUGAUUGAUCAGAUGAUUGUGUCUGAAGUUUGCAUAUAUUUAUAACAUAAUUAAACAUAUUGUUAAAGCUAAUUUUUGUAUUCGAAAGUUUACAUGGAGAGUUAACAUAAUGAGCUCUUAUCACACACUGUCACUCGGAGUUCCUGGCAUGCACUGCCACUCACAGUGAGCUCCUGUCAUGCCCUAUCACUCACAUUGAGCUCAUGUAGUGCAAUGUCACUCACAAUGAGAUCCUGUCAUGCAAAGCCAUUCGAACGGAGUUCCUGUUAUGCACUGUCACUCACAAUGAGCACCUGUCAUGCACUCUCACUCGCAGUAAGUUUGGAGAUUAAAAUUGGCAAUAUUCAUUAAUUGUAAUAUUUUUAUACACUAUUUUCCGUCUCAUUAAAUUAACACUGAUAUAUGCACUACACUCACCUACAGUGCACUACACUCACCUACAGUGCACUACACUCACAGUGCACUAUACUCACCUACAGUGCACUACACUCACCUACAGUGCACU